AUGGCUAUAAAACGAAAGCUUUUAUUGUUUACAACUGGCUUCGGUAUCUCAAUAAUUGGAGCAUUCGCACUCAGAGAUGAGCUUUUUAUUACUACUCAAAGGAAUCUUCAAGAUUUAGAUGAAAUUGAAAAGACCAUCAAAGGAGAAGUCUAUAUGAGACCUGAGCAGCAACCACCUAAAGGGCUUUUGGGAAUAAUGAUGGAUUCUUAUAUGGGGAAAUGGGUAAAAGGAAUAGAGAAAACAGUUAAUCCAUAG